AUGCGCCGGGUGCUCCAUCGUUUCGCACGGGACGCCGGACAGCGAGGCAAUGCUCUGGCCCGGGCGAAGGAGGCGCCCGUUGCGCCUCUUCACAAGAAGGCCAAUGAGCUCGGUAAGGUGACGACAGGUAUCGGAAAUGAUUUGAGCUCCUUUGCCGCGGGGGUGAAUGCUGGCGUCCUCAAGGGAAGCGCCACAGGCACGGCCUAUGCACCGAGCUCACCAAUCCUGUCGCAGGUGAUCCAGAGCCCCGCUCCGGCGCCUCCUCCACGUCCUGCAGCCGCACCGGCGGAGGCAGCGCCGGCGGCGCCGGCGCGCAGCCGGUCUUUGGCGGAGCUGAAGAAGCUGCCGUCCAGUGACUUGAGCCAAAUGUUGGCUGAGCGAGGGGUGUCCGGGCACACCGCGACAGACAAGGAUGACCUCGCAAAAUGGGUGCAUGAACAUCAGCAUCUGCCGGUGAUUUCGCGCCCGGCAGCAACGCCGGAUGGAGCGAGGAUGCAGUCUCGGAGCAUUCAUGAGCUGCGGGAGCUGUCGGUGGCAGAGCUGAAAGACAUGCGCCUUGGAUUUUAUCGCUGGCAGAGCGCGGCGUCCCUGAAGGGACCGCCACGGAGAAGUCGGAACUUGCGAAGUGGGUGUGGCAGCAUCAGCAUCUUCCAUCGCUUUUUUCUGCCAAAGAGCGCCGCAGAGGCUCUAAGAGGUGGGGCUUUGGGUACGGCUCGGAAGAGGCAAGGGACGAGCCCCGAACCGAGGAGGAGGCGCCCAGGAAGCUGCAGGCACCCGAGGAGACGAAGCAGUUGGAAGGCGAGUCGGCGAAGCUGCUGGAGGGCAGCACGGAGGAGCGCAGAAGCCGAUGGCCCCGAGCUGUGA